AAGAGGGUGCCGAUGCACCGGCUCUUCGCGUUCGCGGACCGGCGGGACGCGGUGCUCAUGACGGUCGGCGCCGUGGCGGCCAUGGCCAACGGCGUCGCGAUGCCGUUCCUCGCCUUCCUCGUCGGCGAUCUCGUCGACGCGUUCGGCCCCGCCCACCGCGCCAAUGUCGUCCACGCCGUCGCCAAGGUUCGCGCCGUUUCUGUCAGAUUUGUGUACCUAGCAAUAGCUUCUGGAGUAGCAGGGUUUCUUCAGGUGUCAUGCUGGAUGGUGACUGGUGAAAGGCAGGCUGCACGCAUCCGAGGGCUGUACCUUGAGACUAUACUUAGACAAGAUAUAUCAUUUUUUGACGUGGAGACGUCAACUGGAGAAGUUAUUGAAAGGAUGUCUAGUGACACAGUGUUAAUUCAAGAUGCCAUUGGAGAAAAGGUGGGCAAGUUUCUCCAACUGAUAUCAACGUUUCUUGGUGGUUUUAUCAUUGCAUUUUCAAGAGGCUGGCUUCUGUCCCUGGUAAUGUUGUCAAGUAUUCCUCCUGUUGUAGCAUCAGCUGCAGUCAUGUCGCUUGUCCUGUCAAAGUUAUCAUACCGUUCCCAGAUGGCCUAUGCCGAAGCAGGGAAAGUCGUUGAACAAACAAUAGGAUCAAUCAGAACGGUGGUAUCUUUCACUGGGGAGAGGAGAGCAAUUGACAAAUAUCAGGAGUUUUUAAAAAUAUCAUACAGGUCAACAGUCCACCAGGGCACAGCCGGGGGCCUUGGAAUUGGUUCCCUUUUGCUUAUUGUUUUCUGCAGCUAUGGAUUAGCUGUAUGGUAUGGUGCAAGGUUGAUUAUUGAGAAGGGAUAUACUGGGGGAUAUAUCAUUAAUGUAUUGAUGGCGAUCAUGACUGGUGCAAUGGCUCUUGGCCAAUCUUCGCCAUGCUUAACUGCUUUUGCAUCAGGACAGAUUGCCGCUCAUAAAAUGUUUGCAACAAUUUAUAGAAAACCUGAGAUUGAUGCCAGUGACAAGGGUGGCAUUAUACUGGACAACUUUGUUGGAGAUGUUGAGUUGAAAGAUGUCAAUUUCAGUUACCCUGCACGGCCUGAGCAACGUAUCUUCAAUGGCUUCUCUAUUAGCAUUCCAACUGGCACAACAGUGGCAUUGGUUGGGGAGAGUGGAAGCGGGAAGUCUACUGUAAUUAGCUUGGUAGAGAGAUUCUAUGAUCCACAAUCAGGUGAAGUACUUUUGGAUGGUGUUAAUCUGAAAGAGCUAAACCUUAGUUGGAUAAGGCAGAAAAUAGGGCUUGUUAGCCAAGAGCCUAUUCUUUUCACAACCACUAUAGGAGAAAAUAUAGGGUAUGGAAAAAGAGGUGCAUCAGAGGAAGAAAUCAGGAGCGCAAUUGUGCUGGCCAAUGCUGCGAAGUUCAUCGACAAGUUACCAAAUGGACUUGAUACAAUGGUUGGUGAGCAUGGAACACAACUAUCCGGCGGACAGAAACAGAGAAUUGCAAUUGCAAGAGCAAUUUUGAAAAACCCCAGCAUACUACUUCUUGAUGAAGCUACAAGUGCACUUGAUGCCGAGUCUGAACGUGUAGUUCAAGAUGCACUUAAUAAUAUCAUGGUGAACAGAACCACAAUAAUUGUGGCGCAUCGCCUGAGCACUGUCAAAAAUGCUGAUACAAUAUCGGUGCUGCAUCGUGGACAGCUUGUAGAACAAGGACCGCAUGCUGAGUUGAUAAAAGAUUCCAAUGGAGCAUACUCUCAACUUUUACGUCUUCAAGAGGUUAAUACAGAUAGGAAGGGAUCUCAUGGAGAUGACUCCAACAGGUUACAAUCAGCACCGGAUACUGCAAAUUCUGCAAGUCAACACAGCAGCAUAAAUCCAUCACUUGAGAGAUCUAUGAGUAGAUAUUCGGCACAGGGUGGAAGCAGAAGGAACUCACAGACAUUCUCAUUGAAUGAACACGUAACCGAAAGGGUUGAUGAUGUGAAGUCAGAGAAGAAUGUAAUCAGACGCCUACUCUACCUUCAUAAGCCUGAGAUUCCAAUUCUUCUCUUAGGAUGCACUGCUGCCGCAGCCAAUGGUGCUAUACUUCCUGUGUUCGGUAUGCUGCUUUCAAGUGCCAUUAACACAUUCUAUGAACCACCCCAGAAAUUGAGAAAAGAUUCAGCGUUCUGGGCAGAGAUCUAUGUGAUGUUGGGUGUCAUCUCCAUCCUUAUCAUCCCAAUGCAAUACUCUUUGUUCAACAUGGCAGGUGGUAAACUUAUCGAGCGCAUACGUGCUGUAUCAUUUACUCGGGUUGUUUACCAGGAAAUAGGAUGGUUCGAUGACCCGUUGAACAGCAGUGGCGCAAUAGGCUCCAGGUUAUCAGGGGAUGCAGCAUCUAUUAAGAGCAUUGCUGGGGAUGUCUUAUCAUUGAUAGUGCAAAGCCUAAGCACUUCUGUUGUCGGUAUUAUAAUAGCCAUGACUGCAAACUGGCAACUAGCACUCAUAGUAUUGUGCUUCCUUCCUUGCGUGAUUGCACAGAGUUACGCUCAAGGCAGGUUGAUGAGGGGUUUUGGUGCUGACGCCAAGGAAAUGUACGAACAAGCAAGCACAAUUGCCAGUGAUGCCAUCAGUAACAUCAGGACUGUUGCUUCAUUUUGUGCAGAAGAGAAGAUAAUCGAAAGCUACCGAAACAAAUGUGAAGGUCCUUUGACGAAAGGAGUUCGUCAAGGGACUAUAAGUGGUGUGGGUUAUGGAUUCUCAUUCGCGUUGCUCUUCUGUUUUUAUGCUGUAUCCUUUUACGUUGGAGCUCGCUUUGUACACAAUGGGACAGCAGAAGUUGGGCAAGUCUUCAAGGUCUUCUUUUCUUUAACCAUGAUGGCUGUUGGAGUUUCGCAGUCGAGUUCGCUUGCUCGGGAUUAUAGCAAAGUGCAAGAUGCAGCUGUUUCUAUUUUCAGGAUUAUUGAUAGGGUAUCCAAGAUUGACGCAAGCUCUGAGGUAGGAAGGACACUAGACACAGUGGAAGGGAAUAUAGAGUUGCAGCACGUGAGCUUCAAGUACCCUGCUCGGACUGACGUGCAAAUCUUCAGAGAUUUGUGCUUGAGGAUACCAUCUGGCAAGACUGUGGCGCUUGUUGGGGAAAGCGGAAGUGGGAAAUCGACGGUGAUAGCCUUGAUCGAGAGGUUCUACGAUCCUGACUCUGGUGCCAUCUUUCUAGACGGGGUUGAUCUGAAGACCCUCAAGCUCAGCUGGCUCAGGCAGCAGAUUGGUCUGGUAGGCCAAGAACCAGUCCUCUUCGACGACACCAUCAGAGCAAACAUCGCCUACGGCAAGAAUGAGCAGGUAUCCGAGGAAGAGAUCAUCGCCGUCGCCGAGGCCGCCAAUGCCCACCGGUUCAUCUCCUCCCUCCCACACGGGUAUGACACGAGCGUCGGCGAGCGUGGGGUGCAGCUAUCCGGCGGGCAGAAGCAGCGGAUAGCCAUCGCAAGGGCGAUCCUCAAGGACCCCAAGCUGCUUCUGCUGGACGAGGCGACCAGCGCGCUGGACGCUGAGUCGGAGCGCAUCGUGCAGGAGGCACUGGACAGGGUGACUGUCGGAAGGACAACAGUGGUUGUGGCUCACCGGCUGUCGACCAUCACCGCGGCCGACAAGAUUGCAGUCGUUAAGAAUGGCGUGGUCGCCGAGGAAGGCCGGCACGAGCAGCUGCUGCGCCUGCCCGGUGGGGCCUAUGCGUCCCUUGUUGCGUUGCAGUCUAGCAGCUCGUGA